UAUUGCUUUGUGUAAUGAAGAAGAGAUGAGAGAGGAUUGUACUACUGCCUUGUCUGAAGUAGCGAUUUACGUCACCACAACUUCAUGUAGAUAUUUAUCGAUUCACAAUAUUCUUGUGUUGUCUAUUGAUUAAACAAUUUGCUAUAUUUUUUUUUUUGAGUCGCAAGGUUCUCCUGGAAAUUUAAAAGGUUUACAUGAGAAAGAGUUGUUUUUAUAAAGGCAUACAGAUGUUAGACCUUGAGACAGUCCCUCGGAUGGCAAAGAUGCCAAUGGAUUUCGCAACAUACCUUUUAUCUUCAAGCCCUCCGGCUACUAAUCUUGAACUUUUGAGCUUAGCUUUUGACCCUGAAGCUGCACGUGAAUGGGCUCAAAGUCGGGCCAACAACCAGCAAAACAACAAUGAACAAAACAAUGAAUGCCAGUUCAAUGGUUGUGAUGAGAACAGAAAUUUCGUUAGUCGCAGAAAGGCCAUCAAACCAAUCAUUAUAAAGAAAGAUGAUACACAAAACGAGUGUGAUGAUAUGUCGGAAGCUUCUUGUGAUUCAGGACGGGUAACUCCAACCAGCCCUUGUUCACCUCGAACCAGUAAAAAAGUUUCCUUUGCGGAUCACAGAGGCUUGGCAUUAGUAACUGUUCGAAUAAUGACAGAACCUUCGGACCAUCCCCCAAAGUUAGCAGCAGAGGUUAUGAAGAGCAUCACAAAUGGUGAAAAGGCAGUUGUUUCGGGACUACCUCCUUACAAAUUAAAAUUUACACAACCUGCCUCCGACUACAUGGCAUUCCGUGAUAAAAUCGAGAAAAACUGCAUUUCUCUGGAAAAUGUUAUUUUACGAGACUACACUGUUCUCGGAACAAUUAAGGUGAAGAAUAUCUGUUUUGAUAAACGGGUAUUUGUAAGGUGCACAUUUGAUUCUUGGAAUUCUAGUCAAGACUUUGAAGCAAAGUUUGUACAGCCAUUUGGUGGCAACUUGGUGCACAACUUUGAUACAUUUUCUUUUGAAUUUGAAAUAGAUUCACAUUGUGAUACACAGAACAAAGUACAGUUUGCCGUCUGCUUUGAAACACCAUCUGGACAGCAUUGGGAUAAUAAUAGUGGUGUGAAUUAUGAAAUUCUUCCCACUGACUUCAGUUCAGCAGAUGAGUAUACAACUGAAUCCUUGCCAACAUCAACGCUUUCAACAAGGACAAAAGUGGACUCAUGGAGCGAGUACAGCUGUUGGCGUCACGUCGAUACAUCAUCACCAUAUUACUGACUUGUCAUUAAAAUCUAAAGCCUGCUUUCAGGCUUAAGAUACUCUCGGACACCUUAAUGGCAAAUGGUUUUGUUUCAACAAACCAUCAGAUAACCAUAGAAACCGAUGGUCAGCAAGCUCAUCAAGAGCGUAAGUUCAGCAUAUAUUUUUAUCAAGUAUCGUCUUGGAAAAUAUAUUGAUAAGUUGUACAGUAAGCAACUCAUAGUGAUGUCAAGGUCAUUCAUCAUACAUGCUUUUUCCCUAGCGAAAGACGCGCAGACAAGUUCAUGCAAAAUGAUGUACAAGAGAUCAAAAGUAAUAAAUUGAUUCUUCGGGAAUCAUAGUGCCAUAUUAUGUGAUCAUAGACUUAAGUAUUUGAUGUCAUCAAAGGACAGGAAAAGACGGCAGUAAGAGCUUUUUAGCAUCUCUACUGGACAAGGACAACAUUUCAGAUGUCAUAAGAUAAUAUGAAAAAUGCCAGCCUUUUUAAAAAGAGCUGAAGAUCAAAAAAGUGCUAUUCUAAUUGAGGUAAAAGAACUUUGGACAAUGGUGCUUUAGCAGAAACAGAGAUAGAAGUGUGUGCCGAAAAAAUUUAUUUUGAAGUCCGAAGACUGCACCAGAAACUAUGAUACCUUAAAUAAUAUGGUAUGACCGUAUUAAAGUUUUAUGUUUGUAAAUUUAAAAGAAUGUUAUAUAAGAUCAUUUAAUUAAGCUUAAUUUUUUUUAUUUUAAGCUUGAUUUGAAAUCAUGGCUUGGGCAUUUAGUUAUGUUUUCAACUUUAUUUAUAGGUAGUAAACAAAGAUUAGUUAGUAAGUUACUGACAGGUUUCUUUCAACAACAAAAAAGCGGCUUUUCAGUUUGGUUAUUGCCCAGAGCAUUGUAAAAGAAUAUCAUCAAAGAUAUCGAAAAUGGCAUUUUACCAAAUGAUUUGUUACGGUAUUAUAAGUCCAAAUUUUCGUUUGUUCUUAAAUGAUGACCCGUCCGCUAUAGAAUACUGUUUCUCUGAAUGGAAAUUUGAGCUUUUCAAAUUUUGUAAUUGUUUUUUUCAUCAAUAACUGACACAAAUAUUCAUUACUUUUGCAAACAAAUGAGUGUAUAAUACACAGCUACAUUUAUUGACUUGUUAAUGGACGUAACUUACGUGACUUAAUGUAUAUAUUUACAAGUGUGUUUUUGUCCUUGACAUUCGGCCAAUAUAAUCAGCAAGGUCAUGUGUAAUUUACAUAUUUGUUAAAAUGAAGUUGUUUUUGAAAUUAAGUGUAUUCAUGUUAGAAUGAUUAUAUAUGUUUUAUUUCAAGCAAUGUAAUUUUGUUAGGUAAGGUUUGUAUUGAAAGUAACUGAAUCAUGAAAUAAGUACUAUCUUGUCUCAAAUAUUUAUGGAAAUUUGAAAUUCUCUGUCAGGCCAGAAAUUAUAAUUGUUUGUUUCUUCAUUUAUGCAUUGUAUCUUUUGGAAAUACGGACAUUUCAAUUCUAGAAAUGUCAAACUCAAAAUGGUGUAUAGACAAAUCAACUGUCUUCAUAGUUUUGGAAUCUAGUCUUGUUUCUUUAUAUUGUUCGGUAUUUUAUAUAUGAAUUAUUUAAUGGUGUAUAAAUUCUACUUAUCUAAUUCCUUAUAUGGCAUUUGAAGCCUAAUUUGUUACAUGAGUAUUAAAAAUCAUUAGGAUUGUGAAACACGGAUAAAUUAUAUAAGUACCUUAGUGUAGAGAUAUCAAGAGAUGUAUAGAUAUAAAAAAGACAUGGUGUAAUGAUGCAUGUAAAUCUAUUAAGAUAACUUAUGUGUUGUAUGUUUGACAGUGAACUGUCGACAGUCAGUUCUGUUUUGACAGAAAUUGUUUGCAUAAUUAAGAUUUUUGCGCUUGAAGGCUUUUUUGUGAAUGGUUGUCAAGAUCUUGAUUUUUGUUUAGAUAAUGACAUUCAAUGAAGAAUGAAUAAACGUAAAUUAGCUUACAUGUAUGUAAGCAAAAUUAAAUUUUUAAAGAUUUGAAAGAAAAUCAUACAUGUGAGUUGUUUCACUGAUGAAAACAAGUUCAUUUUUUUGUGGUUUAAUUAAGUUUAUUUGCAUAAUUAUGUGAGAUGUUGUUUAUACAUGGUGAAUCAUCAAGGUUUAUGAGGAUUGUAAAUGACGUCUGCUGUUAACAAAUAAUGUCUUAUUUUACGGAAAAUGUCGUCUUAUAUGAAUAGUAAUACAACAUCUUAAAUUAAGUUAUAAAACUAGAUUAAAAAAAAUAUGUACACUAAGGUGUCAUUUAAAACAGAAACAUUAAAAUUAUGACAGUGUUUUCUGCAGAAAAUGAUAAAGAUUCAAAUCGUCGUAAAGAAAACUGUUGCAGUAUGGGUAAUUAUUGAUCUCUCUACAGAGUAUAUGUUCUCCGCAGAGAAAGAAAAAACUAAUGCGUCAUACGAAAUCAAUAUAACAUUAUGGCUGGGAUUGUCAUGUAACCUCGAUGGCUGGGUUUACUGGCCGGUAAACUUGAUUGACAUUGCAAGCUGAAUAUAUUUCGUAGACAACAAUUGAUGUAUGAUAACAUUUGAAAAACUAUCCCGAACUAAUUCUCAACAGUUAACCAAAUGUUUCAUUUUUUUUUUUUUAACACAGGGGUUUAUUAAAAAAAGAAAAACAGAAUAUUGAUUAAUUGAGCCCCUCAACAUGUGUUGAAAAACGUGUCUUGGUUUUUUGCCCAAGUUUUACCUGAACUUUUUGCAUGGGUGGUUAAACUGAGAUGAUCUUUAAGUUAAUCUUUAGGUAUUUAUAAAUAGAAAAGUAUAAAUAAAAGGUUUAAAAUCAUUGAAUGGGGUUUAUAAUACUACAUUCAAAUUGCAUUGCUUAUCUGCAGCUAAACUGACUUU